AUGGCCGAGGAGUUCCGAAUGGUGUGUUUUGCCGGUUUUAUUGCCAUGGGAUGCUGCGAUCCAAUCCGCAAUCGUAGACCAGACAAAGGAGACAGUAGUAGCUCAGAUGUGGAGAGCUUGAGUACUGGUAGAGACAACAACGAUAGCAGCAGCAGCGAUAGCAGCAGCAACGGUGGCUACAGCAACGGCGGCAGUAGCAGCAGCGGCGGCAGCAACAGCGAUAGCAACAGCAACGGUGGCAGCAACAGCGGCGGCAGUAGCAGCGGCAGCCACAGCAGCAGCAGCAGUGGUAGCGGGAUUUCUGGUGCGGAUUGUAGCAGUGAUGAUGAAGCGAAAUGUUGCGCUGCCGCCGAGGGCUGUAGUGGUGUAUUCCAGAGUGCCUGUGUCUGCGACUUCGAGGGAAUCUUUCCAAAUUGCUGUGCGGAUUGUAGCAGUGAUGAUGAAGCGAAAUGUUGCGCUGUCGCCGAGGGCUGUAGUGGUGUAGACCAGAGUGCCUGUGUCUGCGACUUCGAGGGAACCUUUCCAAAUUGCUGUGCGGAUUGUAGCAGUGAUGAUGAAGCGAAAUGUUGCGCUGCCGCCGAGGGCUGUAGUGGUGUAUUCCAGAGUGCCUGUGUCUGCGACUUCGAGGGAAUCUUUCCAAAUUGCUGUGCGGAUUGUAGCAGUGAUGAUGAAGCGAAAUGUUGCGCUGCCGCCGAGGGCUGUAGUGGUGUAGACCAGAGUGCCUGUGUCUGCGACUUCGAGGGAACCUUUCCAAAUUGCUGUGCGGAUUGUAGCAGUGAUGAUGAAGCGAAAUGUUGCGCUGCCGCCGAGGGCUGUAGUGGUGUAUUCCAGAGUGCCUGUGUCUGCGACUUCGAGGGAAUCUUUCCAAAUUGCUGUGCGGAUUGUAGCAGUGAUGAUGAAGCGAAAUGUUGCGCUGCCGCCGAGGGCUGUAGUGGUGUAGACCAGAGUGCCUGUGUCUGCGACUUCGAGGGAACCUUUCCAAAUUGCUGUGCGGAUUGUAGCAGUGAUGAUGAAGCGAAAUGUUGCGCUGCCGCCGAGGGCUGUAGUGGUGUAUUCCAGAGUGCCUGUGUCUGCGACUUCGAGGGAAUCUUUCCAAAUUGCUGUGCGGAUUGUAGCAGUGAUGAUGAAGCGAAAUGUUGCGCUGCCGCCGAGGGCUGUAGUGGUGUAUUCCAGAGUGCCUGUGUCUGCGACUUCGAGGGAAUCUUUCCAAAUUGCUGUGCGGAUUGUAGCAGUGAUGAUGAAGCGAAAUGUUGCGCUGCCGCCGAGGGCUGUAGUGGUGUAGACCAGAGUGCCUGUGUCUGCGACUUCGAGGGAACCUUUCCAAAUUGCUGUGCGGAUUGUAGCAGUGAUGAUGAAGCGAAAUGUUGCGCUGCCGCCGAGGGCUGUAGUGGUGUAUUCCAGAGUGCCUGUGUCUGCGACUUCGAGGGAAUCUUUCCAAAUUGCUGUGCGGAUUGUAGCAGUGAUGAUGAAGCGAAAUGUUGCGCUGCCGCCGAGGGCUGUAGUGGUGUAGACCAGAGUGCCUGUGUCUGCGACUUCGAGGGAACCUUUCCAAAUUGCUGUGCGGAUUGUAGCAGUGAUGAUGAAGCGAAAUGUUGCGCUGCCGCCGAGGGCUGUAGUGGUGUAUUCCAGAGUGCCUGUGUCUGCGACUUCGAGGGAAUCUUUCCAAAUUGCUGUGCGGAUUGUAGCAGUGAUGAUGAAGCGAAAUGUUGCGCUGCCGCCGAGGGCUGUAGUGGUGUAGACCAGAGUGCCUGUGUCUGCGACUUCGAGGGAACCUUUCCAAAUUGCUGUGCGGAUUGUAGCAGUGAUGAUGAAGCGAAAUGUUGCGCUGCCGCCGAGGGCUGUAGUGGUGUAUUCCAGAGUGCCUGUGUCUGCGACUUCGAGGGAAUCUUUCCAAAUUGCUGUGCGGAUUGUAGCAGUGAUGAUGAAGCGAAAUGUUGCGCUGCCGCCGAGGGCUGUAGUGGUGUAGACCAGAGUGCCUGUGUCUGCGACUUCGAGGGAAUCUUUCCAAAUUGCUGUGCGGAUUGUAGCAGUGAUGAUGAAGCGAAAUGUUGCGCUGCCGCCGAGGGCUGUAGUGGUGUAUUCCAGAGUGCCUGUGUCUGCGACUUCGAGGGAAUCUUUCCAAAUUGCUGUGCGGAUUGUAGCAGUGAUGAUGAAGCGAAAUGUUGCGCUGCCGCCGAGGGCUGUUGUGGUGUAGACCAGAGUGCCUGUGUCUGCGACUUCGAGGGAACCUUUCCAAAUUGCUGUGCGGAUUGUAGCAGUGAUGAUGAAGCGAAAUGUUGCGCUGCCGCCGAGGGCUGUAGUGAUGUAUUCCAGAGUGCCUGUGUCUGCGACUUCGAGGGAAUCUUUCCAAAUUGCUGUGCGGAUUGUAGCAGUGAUGAUGAAGCGAAAUGUUGCGCUGCCGCCGAGGGCUGUAGUGGUGUAGACCAGAGUGCCUGUGUCUGCGACUUCGAGGGAACCUUUCCAAAUUGCUGUAAGUGA